AGUCGCCUCACUGAACGAAUUUCACGAACCCCUCCCUGCAAACCGAGACAGGCGCAGUGCACGCGGACGGCAGCGCCGCACGCCAUUGGCUGAGGGCGCAGCUUUACCUGUAAGAAGGUGUGCCGAGCGGACGGCAGGAUGAACUUUUCUUUGCUCUGAUCCACUUCAGGGAUUUCAAUUCAUGCUCCUAAGAUCAUGGAGCCCGUAACGUCCUGGAGCGACGAGAGAGUCGCCGAGUGGCUCAAAGGUCUGGAUGCUCCUCUACAGCAGUACUCCUUCUCCGAAUGGCACCUCUCUGGCUCUGACCUGCUGCAUCUUUCAUCUACCAGACUGGAGAAACUUGGAGUGCAUAAAAUCGGACACCAGGAGCUUAUACUGGAGGCUGUGGAAAAGCUCUGUGCUUUGACAUACAGUGUUGGGGGUGACAAUCUGCGCAGUCUGACAGAGAAACUACGUGCAGUGGCUCACGCUCUGCAGAUGAGCAUACAGGGGCGCUGGCGUGUCAAUAACAGCAAUGAUGGACAGAGCGCCACCAAGCUGUCACAACAGGUGCUGCAGGCGGUGGUGGACGUCGUCACAGCAUCCAAUGGACUUGCGUCUUUGCUCAAUAGAUACCAAUUUGCACAGCAGACUGGAUACACAGCAAAUGAGAAAGUUGCCACUCUGUGUAAAGAUCUGGAUAUUACUGUGCAUAAGGAAACCACUGUGUUUGAAAAGGAGAAGGACAUUAUAUCUAUAUGCCGUCAGUUGGUAGCAGUGUGUGAUGAGAUUUUGACCAUUACUCCGUUGCCUCUUCUUACCCAUACUGCCCAGCUGGAGAGUGUUGACCUGGUCCCAACCUCACCAGGAGAUCAAGUGGGAAUUGAGAUCACCACCACAGGAUCCAGAAAUCAUUUUGUCACUGGAACAGCAGCAGAGUCUCCUACAGAGAUCUGUGAGAAGAUUUUAGCGGGGGAUGAAGUCCUUCAGGUUAACGGACAGAUAGUGGUUGGCUGGAGCCGGGCAAACCUUGUUCAAAAACUGGAGGAAAAUCCAAAUGGAGUCACUCUGGUUUUAAGGAGACUUCCAGGAUUUCUGAAACGCAAAGAGAGCCGAGCCAAGUCUGAGAAAGAGGAGGAAGAAGAAGAAGAGGAAGAGAAAAGCAGACAUUCUCUUUUGGGCAGGGUGGCAGCUUCAGUCCGCUCUCUGUCUUUCAGUGAGGACAUGCGAGCAAUCCUCUAUUUCAGAUCAGCAUCGGACGGCACACAUCAUUUCAGGCGGGAGAAAUCAGCGCUCUCUAGUGAACAAAGCUCUAAUGAACAUCAGCCAAACACUUUAAAGCCAAGGGCAGACUCUCGUGCUAGUCGAAACAGUUUGGAAAUAGGUUCAUCUGCAGAAAGGAGUCCAUCCCCACAAAGCUCAGAGCUCAACCGAGCCAGCACUAGCUCCUGUCCUGACAUGGCAGGACUAAGAGAGGAAAAGGAGAACAAAAAGAGCUCUACUAAAGGAACACGGACAGCUCUGAGCCGUAGGAGGGUGUCCUGUCGUGAACUUGGCCGCCCAGACUGUGAUGGAUGGCUAUGGAGGAAGAGGAAAGAAACAAAUGUCUUCAUGACUCAGAAAUGGCAGAGAUUUUGGUUCGUCCUGAAAGGUCCUACACUGUAUUGGUACACUAGCCAACAGGAGGAGAAGGCGGAGGGCUUAAUCAAGAUCGGCAGCUACAGUAUAGAGAGUGCGGGAGAACACAAGAGGAAGUAUGUAUUUAAAAUGUGCCACCAGCGCUUCCAGAAUUUUUUCUUCGCUGCUGAUAAUGUAUCCGACAUGAGCAAAUGGAUUAACUGCUUAAUCACAACCAUUCAGAAAUAUAAGAAGUAUGUUCAAAGUCAGCCAGACAGCGAAGAAGAAUGUUACAGUGAAACUGAAUCGGAGGAGGAACCGUCACGUUCACCCCUUUCUCAUCGGAAGAAAGCCAAUACAAAAACUCAAACACAAUCAAACACACUUCCUCGAACAAAGGGAAAGCAGAACAGGAUUUCAGAACCCAUAACCAUUUCACAAGCAGGGGGCAGUAAAAUUGCAGGAAAAGUGGAUGAGAUGGAUGAAAUGUUCCAUAGCCUGAAGAAAGGAGGAGUGUCUCUGAUUGGCCAGAAUCAACCGACGACUCACGACCAGCUACGUAAAUCCUUCAUCAAGCGCAACAAAAACCCUGUUAUCAACGAGAAGAUACACACACUCCGUACCCUCCAGAGCACACUUAAGGCGAAGGAAGCAGAGCUUCACCUGCUUGACAAGAUCCUAGAGGACUCUGAGCUCUCACCGGAUACGUUCCGUCAGUGGAAGAAGUUAAAUGAAGAGCUGCUGCAGGACAUUGAGAAACAGUACAAACAGACAGACUCGCCAAGCACAGACACGGUGUCCGAGGCCAAAGACGGGGCAAGCACGCUGGAUCUGAGUGAUGGAGAACAGCUGGUAGAUUCAGAGACGGCUGAUGACAGAGGCUCCACUUCUACAGAGGCACAGG